UAGUUCAACAUACACAGCCAAAUUAAUGAACACGAGUAGGGGGACAAACUGAGAGCUUGGACUAAACCAGACUCAUGGAGGCACUAAUAGGGACAAGACAUUUACCACAUCUAAGUAUGACGACGUGCUAGCUCAGAAUAUGGUAAUGGCUCUAGACAAAGCCAUCAGGAAAGAACAAAGAACUGAGACUGGAGAGAAGGCUAAAUAAGUAUCAAAUUUUCUAUUACAAAGUCUAUUAUGUCAAGUAUGUCACCCUCUACAUCUACAUGUUCAUGGUAUUCUUUGAAGUGCCCUCCUGGUGUCUGACCAAUUCAAAUAUAAAGGAUAGGAGAAGAUGAGAUCCUGAUGUGUAUCCUAAUUCUGGGAUUCCCAAGCUUCCUCACUACAUAUCACGGCUCAUUGAGCUGAUAUGACUAUUUACUCUACUUUUCUUCACUUUUUUCAGGCGAACUUUUAGGAAGUUGACUAAAUUGGCGAAAUCAAGAGAGCUUAUACAAACAAUUCUUACAUUUGCAUCAGUCAUUGACAUUAUGGUUGCCUUGAUUAGAAGUAAUUCGCCAUAUAUCAGCCAUUUUAUCAGGAUUUUACUCAUAGUAAUCUUCAUUAGAGGGCUUAGGGAAGCUCUUAAAAGAAUUGCUCUCGUUAUCGCAGACUCGAAAGAGAUCCUCCUCAUGAUUAUUUCCUACAUAAUCCUCUUUGGAUGGGUCGGGUUUCGAUUAUUCAGAGGAACACAGCAAGGAGAAGCUUACUUCUCCUCUCUAUCUGAGAGUAUAUGGAGCAUGAUGGUCCUGUUGACUACUGCAAAUUUUCCUGAUGUAAUGAUGCUAGCCUAUAACAUAAAUAGAGCAUAUGCUAUAUUCUUUAUCAUUUAUCUAGUGUUUGUUCUAUUCUUUCUGCUGAAUUUAGUCUUGGCUGUUUAUUACAAUAAUUAUCGAACAAGAGUCGAUAAUACUAUUAGUAAAUUCAUGUCGAUAAGAGAGCAAUUUCUACAGUUGAAAUUUCAGUCUCAUGAUUUAGAAAAUAAGGGAUAUCUGACUCAGAGAGAGUUUAAAUCAAUGAUCACUGACUUAUUUGAGCUGAACCUACAGGCAGUCAAAAAGACAAAUCUGAAUAAGAUAGCUGCUCAAUUUAGCCAUAGAUGUCGCGGUCAGAUAACAUUAGAAGACUUUUUACAAUAUUUUGAAAUAAUGGACUUUGUAUCUCUCGAUAAUCAGAUCUCUGGCUCUGUUGCUCUUAAAGUUAAUCUCAGAAGGAGGAGAGUCAAGAAAAUAGUCACCAAUGCCUUCUAUGACCUUCUAAUGAAUGUCAUAGUCGCUUUGAAUAUUGUCUCUAUCUUAGCCAAGGACAUGGGAGAGAUGUUCAGUGAGAAAAACGAGCACUUAAUGCCGUGGCUCAUUACCCAACUCAUAAUCACCUGGCUCUUCCUAGCUGAAAUGAUCUUGAUCUGAUAUGGAUUUGGUGUGCUUAAAGCAUUCAAAAGGCGAAACCAUCUCAAAAUCGAGAUAUUGUUCCAAAUCAUCAUUCUCAGUGCUUUCAUAUAUUACUUAGUAAGUCUUGAGACCGAGGUCCUUAUUAGAUAUCAAGAAAUAAUAAUCAUCCUCAGAGGAUUCAGAUUGAUGAAGCUAUUUAACGAAAUUAAACAGUGGAAGAUAAUAAUCAGAACAAUUUCUUCUCUGAUAAAACCAUUCGCAAGUCUAUUACUUGUGUCUUUCGUCUUCUUCCUGCUUUUCUCUCUUAUAGGCGAUAGGGCUUUCGGAGGGCUUUCAGCUACAAAUUCAAAUGUUGUAAGGGACCAAAAUAUUCCUGACACAUACAUUGAAAUGAACUUCAACGAUAUAGCAAAUUCUUUCGUGACCUUAUUCACUUUGAUGGUAGUGAACAAUUGGCACGUCAUAGUCCUAAUGUUUGAAAACAUUACUGGGACUAUCUGGACGAGACUGUUCUUUAUACUAUUUUACUUCUUCAGUGUUCUAGUCAUACUAAACAUCCUUGUUGCUUUAUCAAUCGAUAUCUAUUCCAGUAUUGAAAGUAUCAAUUCCCAGAAUGAAAAGAAGGAUCGUGAAGAUCCCACCAAUGAAGAUGAUUUGGUAUCUGAAUCAUUCACAUCUCUAUCUCAGGUUUGAAAUAAGUACAAAACUACACCCAUAAAAGACAGCACUCCUUCAGAUGAAGAAGAGGAUGAGUUCUUUUUCCAACAAAAAGAAAAAGAGGAUAAAGAGGAAGAAAAGGAGGAGCGCAAAGAAGAGAUAAAGGAGACAAAACAAUCAAAACUAAAGAAAUCCCCCAAGAUCCAGGACUCUCAUGAGUGUAGUGAAAGUAAUUGUCAUGAACCUCUACUCAAGUAA